GCAGACGCAUUAUCAGUUUCAGUGUGUUUAAUCUAAAAUUUUGAUUUUAUGCGCGCCAUGAAAAAUAUUAAAGGCUCGUGUAUCAUGGGGCGACAUAACCCACUAAGAAAGGCCCAUUCUAACCACUGUCGUGUAUGUAACAAAUGCGAUUGGAGGUUUGACUAUCACUGCUAUUUUGUGAAUAAUUGUAUAGGAGGAAAAAACUACAGAUCGUAUAUGGCAACUCUAGGAAUAGCUUUUGGGGCAUUAUGCUUAAUCAGUGGCCUUGCUGUGGCUGAGUUUACCUUUUUCUUCACCGAUCGAAGCAACAGACACAUUUUGCAGCCCCAUCGAGAUCUGAACACUCUGCAAACAUACAAUGAUGCAAACUUCAAAAUCCUCUACCAAAGUAUUCCAUACGAAGCGUGGCUGACCGUACUGGCCUUCACCUUCACGCUGGGCACCUCAGCAGCUGUUGCUUUCCUAGGACUCAUCUGCGUUCACAUUUAUCUCAACUUGGGCCUGCAGUGCUGUUACCAGACUGAAACAUGCAAUGGACGCUGUUUACCCGUUGGUCGCUUCCUGGUCUGGGGUGAUGAGAGGCGUCGUCCGGUAGCGUACAUCGAGCGAUGUUCACCGGUUUGGCACUUCCAGGUACAGAGCGUGGGUGGCUAUCGUCUGGCAGCUGACGUAAGACACUGCUUACCUGCUGUGCACAUCCUGCUGAGGGCUGACAAUGAGGGUGUUUACUAG